UUUAAAGGAGAAAGCGAUCAAAUAUUUCGACUCUCCAGAAGGUUUAUACAUUCUAGUUAUUUAAGGAAAUAAGAAAAUACUUUAAAAUAUCAAAAAACCAAAGGAACAAGUCAUUUCUCAAAAAUCUAUCUAAUGUGUCAUGAAUCAUGAUCUAAUCAAACAAUAAACACAUCAAAAUGGCAGAACAUCCCAAGGAGUUACUUCAUGCUGGUCUCUUAAAGCCUAAGCAGGAAAUAGAAGACUCAGUACCCAAUGAGGAAGUAACAGAAGACUUAGUACCCAAGGAGGAAAUAACGAAAGACAUUUUAGUACCCAAGCAAGAAGUGACAGAAAACCUUAUAGUACCUAAGCAAGAAAUAACACUAGACCUUAUAAUACCGAAGCAAGAAAUAGUAGAACUAGAAGUAACAUUUGAGAGAGACUAUGUAGAAGAUAAUGACUACAGUGGACCUGAAAUAGAUAUGGCUACAUCUAGUCUACAGUUGGAACAAUCGAAUGAACAAAAGGAAGUUGAUAUUUUUAUUCCAAUUAAAACAGAACUGCCUUUUAGUGAUAUUGCUCGGUUACAAAGACAACAGGAUCAAGAGUACCAUAUAACAGGCAAAAAUGUGUCUUCAGGGCAUACCGCCAAAGGGGUUAAAAAAUGGUGUAAAGCUGGAGCCAGGGCUGAUGAUGACUGCUCUUCACAUGAUUCCCAUAUACCAAAGGAAUAUAGCCAGACCCAAACAAGUGGAGCUGCCAAAACUAAGGAAACAUACACAUGCCACAUUUGCCAGAAACAAUGUAAAUACAAAAGUGCAUUCGAGUCACACAUGAGGAUUCACACCGGUGAAAAACCCUUCUCGUGUGAACAAUGCGACGCCAAGUUUGCAAAAAAGUUUGACUUAGCUUCUCACAUCAUGUGUCACACUGGCGAAAGACCAUAUUCCUGUGACACAUGUCACGCUAAAUUCGCGAGAAAAUAUCAUCUAACCACUCACGUCAUGUCUCACACGGGUGAGAAACCGUUUUUCUGUGACCUAUGUCACUCUACGUUUAAACGACAAACUAUUUUGAACAGGCACAUGAGAUCUCAUACUCGUGAAAAUCUUUUCACCUGUGAAAUAUGUCACGCCAAGUUCACUGAAAAAAGCACUUUGAACAAUCACGUAAGAACUCACACGGGUGAAAAACCUUUCUCUUGUGAAAUAUGUCACACUAGAUUCACACAGCGAAGCACUUUAAUUAGCCACGUACGGACUCACACCGGAGAAAAGCCUUAUUCCUGUGAUUUGUGUCACGCUAAGUUCACACAAAAAUGUCAUUUGAAUAAUCAUGUGAUGAGGAACCACACUAGUGAAAAAACUUACCCUUGCAGCUUUUGUGAAAGGAAAUUUACUAGGAAGUGUUAUUUGAACAGUCAUUUAAGGUCUCACACUGGAGAGAAACCGUAUACAUGUGAGCUGUGUCAGGAAAAGUUUACAAUGAAAUGUCAUUUAGAUAACCAUACCUUGAGGAAACACACUGGUGAAAAAACUUGAUCCAGUGACAUAAUUAUUAUUUAUUUAUUUAUAUUUAUUAACUAGCUGUGCCCGCGACUUCGUUCGCGUGGAAUCAGCGCGCUUUAUAUAGCCACGGAUGCUCAGGCGCGA